AAUAAAUAACAAUUGCAACAACUCGGAGUAUGUAAUCACUCAAAAUACACCUUGUAUGCAAUUACCGACAAAACCAGCAGCGAUUUCAAUGAAUCACACGGUGCGCAGAGCGCCAUGAACGAAACAACAAAACAACGCCCCGACAUCUAGAUAGUACUAACAUAAAUGCAGUAAUGGCACACUUGAUCCCCGACGAAGUGCUGAAAACGCUGAAAUGCUCGAUUUGCUGCAAAUAUUUAUCGGUUAAACCUAUCAAAGUGUACCCUGAUAGAAAAACGAAGUGCGGAAGGUGCUCGGAGGAGGACGAUAACGGCGUAGUGUCUUUGUACGAGAGCAUCGUCGAAAAUAAGCUGUUCAGGUGCGUUAACCGAUACGAAGGAUGCAAUUAUGUGUAUACUUGCGACGAUAUGCGCCUGCACGAGGUGGAUUGCAAAGGUGGCCAGUACACCUGUUGCCUUUGUUCUCAUUUUACAGGGACUGCAUACGAUUACGCAACCCACUUCGAAAAACAGCACAAGACCCAAAUCAUAGACAAACCCAUCGUGACCUUAACCCUAUCGAAAGACAAAGAAAAUCACUACAUGUACACCAAAAACGAUCUAUUGUUUAUUAUAUUCGUGAAAAUCGACAGCAAAAAAGAUAUAAUCAUACUGCAUUGCGUAAACGUCGGACCAGAUAGAACUGCGAAAAAAGUUAAAUUUAAGUUUGAGAUUUACGAGAAUGAGAAAUUGUUGCACAAAACUACUGAGAGGAAUUGCUCGAAUUUGUUGAUACAGCAGGAUGGGUUUUUACUAUCAAAUUCUAUAUUGAGUUUGGAAGAUAUCAAUGCGCAUGUAACAUGUGAGUUGAAGUUGAAUAUGACGAGUUGCGAGACGUUUAUUUACAUACCUGUAAAUAUGGACGUGGAAAAUAGAAAGAGGAUUGUGAAUUUGCAACAAAGAAUGAAAAGUAUUAAAAUUAAGAACAAGACGUUGGUAAACAAGAUCAAAAACAACAUCCCUUGUGAAAAGGUAUGCACAAACUUAUGUUUAUGUCAUGAAUAUCAGGAUUCUUCAAGCUUCAAGAUAUCUUUUGAUGAAGCAACACAAAUAAAAUACCCAAAAUUUAAUAUAUCAAACUGUGGGGCAGCUAUUAUAACAAACACAAAUACCAAAUUCGACUUAUUCUGUUCAAAUUGCGAGAAAUUUUGCAGCCAUUAUUGGAACAUUUUUGAAUGUGAAAAGUGUAAUAACUUCACAUGCAAUCAAUGUAAAACAUUUGUAAACAUGGAAUAUUGUUCAUCAGGUCACAAAUUAAAGCCAAAUCUCGCCAUAACUGACAUCUACAAUAAACUCAAAAUAACUUGCAAAUGGAAUUGUGGUGAGUCCUACAAGAGUCCUGACAUAAUAAGUCACCAAAGAGUUUGCGACAGAAGACCCAAACAAUUCUGCCCUGUGCUAAAUUGUCAAUGGCGUGGAUAUCUCAGGGAUUUGGAAAAACACUUUCAUGAUACUCAUUCAAAGAUAACCCUAUUUUUUUCUAAUAGAGUUGACGAUAUUGUUGUCAACAAAAAAAAUAAUAUUGUGUAUUUAUAUAAUGAUAGAGAUGUUAUUGUUGUUGUAAGAAAAGGUAAAAUAAGUGAUGAUGUUUAUAAAUGUAAUAUUAUGGAAGUUUUGCCUCAGUUGAAAUUGUCAUUUUAUAAUUUGUUAUUGCAAGAAUUCAACAAUUGCCAGUUUGUGACAAAUUCUUUUACUUUUAAUAAAAAUAAGGUUUUUAGAUUGAUACUAAAAGAAAAAUGUUUUAAUGAAAGAUAAAUAAA